CUUAGUGUACGCGCAAUAGGGUUCUAUCUUCUGCCGCCCUUGAUUUUGAAUGGCGAUGCUGCUGCUGCUGCUGUUGCUGCGCCCCCGGCUGCUGUGGCGCUAAGAGAAUGGAAGGGAGGGGUGGGAUGGAUGGAUCGAUGGGAUGGAGCUGGGUGGACCUGGAUUAAAGAAAGCGCCCCUCCCUCCUCCUCCCUAUUUCUUCCACACUCCUCCUCCUCCUCCUUCCCCUCCUCCUGUUCCUGUUCCUCCUCCUCCCACUCCUCACACGACUCCUCACCACCACCCCCUCGAUAACCAAAACACGCUACACCACGAUGUCGCACCCAACCCCACCGCAGCCUACCGGCUCCCCCAACGCCGGCGGCCCCAGCAUCGCCCCACCCCCGCUUCCGACCGGCUGGAUCCCGCAAUGGGACCCCUCGACGCAGCGCUACUACUUCGUCCAGCCAGCGACCAACACGAUCCAAUGGGACGUUCCUACCGAGGGAACACCAGCGCCCGAGCACAGCCCGUACCCAGCGCCAGAGUACGGUCUCGCACAGCAGCAGCAGGGACAGCCGGGAGCGGGAGAACAGCAGACGCGCGGCGGGCUAGGCUCGAUGGCGGGCGGGCUCGCGAACAGCUUCCUGGGCGGCGGAAAGAAGAACAGUCACGGCUCUAGCGGCGGCGCGGGCGGGCUGGUCGGGACGCUGGCGAGCGGCAUCCUCGGCGGCGGGAAGCAGUCCUCGGGAGGUCAUGGUGGUGGGCAUGGUGGUAGUGGCGGGGGUGCCGGUGGCCUGGUGGGCAGUCUGGCUAGUGGGCUGUUGGGCGGCGGGAAGAACUCGGGCGGGAAGCACUCCGGCGGGCAUAGCAGUGGUGGUCACGGCAGUGGUGGUCACGGCAGCGGCGGCCAUGGUAGCAGCGGGCAUGGUAGCAGUGGUGGCGGCGGCGGAUUGCUCGGCCAGGCUUCUGGGCUGGCUUCUGGGCUGCUGGGAGGUGGUAAGAAGAGCAGUGGAGGAUCGCACGGUAGCGGAGGCGGCGGCGGUCUCGGCGGUAUGCUCGGCGGUGUUCUCGGCGGUGGUAGCAGCGCACAGCACGGUGGACAGCACGGUGGCUCUCACGGCGCGCAGCCGCAUCAGCAGCAGUACGGCGGAUCCUCCCACGAGACUCCAUCAUACGGUGGUGGUGCCCACGGCGCUCACGGCUCGCCCGCUCACGGCUCCCCCUCGCACACGCCCUACCAGCAGACACCGCCCUACGGCGGGCAGGCGCAAUACGGCGGCGCGCCCCCACCGCAGAACUACGGCGGCUACGGCAACGCAUCGAACUACCCGCCGCAGCAGCAGCAGCAACAUCAGCAGCAGCAACAUCAGCAGCAGCACCAGCAUCAGCAGCACCAGCAGCAGCACUUCGGCGGCGCGUCCACGCCUUCCUACGCCCCCCCUCCGAACCAGCAGCACUACGGAGGUGGCGCCCCACCAAACCAGCAGUACGGUGGCGGAUACCCAGGCGGUGCGUACCAGUCCCAGCAGCCGGGCGGACAGCAGGGCGGCUACCACGGUACCCCGCCGCCGAAUAGCUACCAGCCCGGUCCUGGCGGCUACGGUCCCCCGCCUGGCCAGCAUUAGUCGGUUGAUCGAGUGUGGUCGCGGCGUCGCUUUCUUUUGUCGGAGCAGCUGGUUAAUACGGGCACGGGUACGGUAGGCGGGAAGUGGGUUUUUGUCUUUUCGCUUUUUCGCUUUUCGUUUGUCUGGGUUUCAAGUCUGUUCUGCUGUCUUUUUUGUUCGGCUGGCUGGGAGGAUGGAUGGGACGCGAUUGGAUUGGAUUGAAUGGGAUGCGAUAUGAUGAGAAAUGAUAAAAUACUUGGAUACCAAUUUACUCUAAUGAUUACGCGCAUUUGAUGGAGUGGUGAUGGUGACGAGAAUGAAACUGUUGGUUGGCUCACG